AUGGGUUUCAGACAGUCAUCAAAAGCAACUUCCACAUCUUCGACUCAAAUCCUUAUUCAAAACGCAAAGUUCAUCACGUCGAAAGAUGUCAUCGACGUCGCCUCACGAGUUUAUGACUCGUAUAAAAGAGACAAAAAAUUGUGCUACACGUUUCUCGUCGCGCUGUCUGGAGUAACCGCGUUGGUCGUCCACGAGACAAGCGCUGCGACAGGUUUGAUGAAAGGUUCGUUAGGGGAUUUCAGAAAGAACAAGAAGGAAAAGAAACAGAUAAAUAUUAAGAAUAGGAAUGUUGCGAAAAAAGAACGAAGCAGCGCUGCUGUAGAUGAGCAGUUCUUAAGCAAUCUCGUGCAGCUCGGGAAGAUUGUCUUACCGUCUUGGAGGUGCAAGUCGGUAUUUUUGUUAUCGACACAAACGGUAAUGUUAAUAUCGCGUUCGUAUAUUUCGCUUCGAAUAGCGCGGAAAGGUGGCGAAGGUUUACAAGCCGUCAUGGAAAGAAGCUGGAACCAUUUUUUAUUCGUGCUGGCGGAUUUUUACGUGUGUGGAAUUGCUGCAUCCAUCGUGAAUUCUUCGUUGAAAUACUUGACGAAUUCCAUCACGGUAAACUUUCGCCAUAAUUUGACGAAACACGUACACGAGAAAUAUCUCUCAAAUCGGCAAUAUUAUAAACACGCGGUGUUGCGUAAAGGCAAUUUAGAUAAUGCAGAUCAACGCAUAACGGAUGAUUUGAACAUGUGGUGUGCGACGUCCGCGGAUUUAUUCUCAAGAACGUUUAAACCACUCUUGGACGUCAUCUUGAGCACGAAACGCAUGAGCGAGUCCAUGGGAUACAAGGGGUUGACCAUUUUGUACUCCUACUUCUUCUUUUCUGGACACGUCAUUCGUUUCUUUUCACCGCCGUUUUCGGAUUACAUCCAAGAAACGCAAAAGAAGGAAGGUGAUUUUAGACGUUCGCAUUCGCGCUUGAUUUCGCACGCGGAAGAAGUUGCGUUUCUCGACGGCGCCGAACGCGAGAAAGAAAUUUUGAAUGAAAAAUUGAAUCAACUCACCGCGUGGUCGCAAUACUAUUUCUUCAGACAGUUCAUUCAAGGUGUUUUAGAUCAGUACUUUAUCAAAUACGGUGCCUCUAUGAUUGGAUGGCCUGUUUUAGCAUUUCCCUUCUUGCUCGCGAAAGAUAUGGAAGAAAAAGAGCUCGUCGCGAGAUAUCGCGAAGCGGAUACGCUGAUACAAAACGCGUCGAGCUCAAUCGGUGAUUUACUCAUGGUGUACAAAAAGCUUCAAAAGCUUUCUGGAUUCACCUCUCGCGUCGUAGAUUUGUUGCACUCCGUCGAAUCAGGUGAGGAAGAGAAAGAGAAAGAAAUUGAAGGGAGAAGCAACGGCAUCGUGCGAACGUCCUCCAACGACGACGAGAUUGAGUUUCAAAACGUCACGGUGUUCUCGCCAGACAACAGGUUGCUCAUCAAAGACGUGAGUUUGAAGAUUAGGCGCGGCGAGUCUCUAUUCAUCACCGGAGCGAACGGUGCUGGGAAGACGAGUUUGUUUCGAGUACUCGCUGGAUUGUGGGAAGCGUCAGAAGGUGUCGUUCUUCGACCUCGAAACGGUUUGAAAUCGAUAAAAUCGGAAGGCGGUGACGACGGAGACGUCUCCUCCUUAUUUUACGUGCCCCAACGACCAUAUUUAGUGACUGGUUCGUUGCGAGAUCAAAUAUUAUACCCAGCGAAGCAAAAGAGCGACGAAGAUGAGUUCGACAAGGACGACGAAAGGAUUCUCGAAUGCUUAGCGCGAGUCAAUCUAGUGAAACUUUUGAAAAAAGGCGAUCGCAGCGUAGGCUUGGAUAGAUUAGAGCACGAUUGGAACGACGUCCUCUCUGGCGGAGAAAAGCAAAGGAUAGGAUUAGCGAGACUGUAUUUUCACGCGCCUCGAUUCGCAAUUUUAGACGAAGCGACGAGUGCCAUUAAUCCAGACGAAGAAGGCGCUUUGUACGAAGAGUUUGAGAAGAAUAACAUCACGGUGUUUUCCAUUGCACAUCGCAUGGAAUUGAAACGUUUUCAUAAGAAGCAUCUGCAUUUCAAAGCGGACGGGAAAGGGAACUGGACGCUUAAGAAAAUACUUUAG